UUUUUUCUCAGUAACAUUGUACAGUGUUUCGUCGAGUGCGUUCGGGUUGAUCUUUAAUACAUUUUAUUGUCAAUAUAGUCCUUUAGAAGGACUAGUUAUUAAAAAAGUUUUUGAAGGAAUAUUGUGUUACAAUGGGACGCAAGAAGAAGAAGGCUUCAAAACCCUGGUGCUGGUAUUGCAACAGGGAGUUUGAUGAUGAAAAAAUAUUGGUGCAGCAUCAAAAGGCUAAGCAUUUCAAAUGUCAUAUUUGCCAUAAAAAAUUAUAUACAGGUCCGGGACUUUCAAUUCACUGUAUGCAGGUUCAUAAGGAGACUGUUGACAAAGUACCAAAUUCCUUACCUAAUCGUUCAAACAUUGAAAUUGAAAUUUUUGGUAUGGAUGGUAUUCCUGCGGCUGAUUUACGUGAACAUGAGCGGCAAAAAAAUGGUGGCAAAUCUGAUUCCGAUGAUGAUGAACCUGCAGCUAAAAAGAAAAUGGAAGUUCCCUUGACGGUUCCGCCACCUAUGUUAAUGCCACCAAAUAUGAUGCCCCCACACAUGAUGGGCCAAUAUGGACAUAUGGGCAUGAUGCCACAUAUGACAGCCAUGCCACCAUAUAUGGGACAUGGAGGUAUGCCAAUGAUGCCACCACCUAUGAUGCCUCCAAGACCUAUAUUUCCUGCGAUGGCUGCGCCCACAACAUCUGCUGCUGCGGCACAUGUAGCAGCAGCUACAGCACAACAAAAGCCUACGUUUCCUGCAUAUAGUAAUGCAACAAUAAGUGCCCCUCCAACUACAAAUAAUGCAAAUACAACACCUAGCACUUCUACUCCUCCUGAACCACAAAAACCUCAAGUUGUGGCAAAUGUAAGUGGUGUUUCUAAAAUAAUGCAUCCGGCUGAAGAUUUAAGUUUAGAAGAGAUUCGUGCACGUAUGUCAAAAUAUCAAAAUAAACUUAUAUCUGCGGCAGCUGCACAAACAUGUAGUGCUAGUUCACCAAGCGCUUCCAGUGCAAAUACAGCACCAACAACAACAACUCCAACGACAUCAAUAUCGAAUGCUGCCGCCGUCGCUACUGCAGCAGCUAUAACUAAAGCCCAGGAAACGGCUGUCAUGGUUGCACAGGUAAAAGCACAAGUUGCUCAAGCUCAAGCUCAUGCACAGGCCCAGGUUGCUCAAGCAGUUGCCGUCCAACAGCAGCAGCAGAAACAACUGGAGGAUUUAAAUCGCGCUGUGAUGUUACAACGUUUGCAGGCAGCACGUCCUGCAGGUGGACCAGCAGUUGGCAUGAUGCCCAUGCCCGGUCAGAUGCAGCUUAUGCAACCAGUUAUACGGCCUGCUAUGGCCAUUGGUCCACAUGGAGCAAUUAUAGGCGCUAAUAUGUUGCGGGCACCCCCUGGAAUGCCUGGUAUGCCAGCAGUUUUCAUAGGACAGCAAAAUGGCGCCAAAGCGCUAUUCGGGCCUGAUCCAGGUGGAACUGGCCAGUUCACUAAUCUCUAUUAUGCUAAUAUGCAUUACGAUGGACAAAAUAAACCUGGUUUAAUAGCACCAAUGCCUGCUAUACCAAUGGCUGGAAUGCCAACUGUGCCAGGCGUACCCGGAGUGCCUGGCAUGGGUGUAAUGCUCCCAGCUGGACAUCCUAUGCUGCAAAUGAUGCAGCCACGGUUUGGGUGAUCCGUCUCGCAGGGCCCACUUUGUUUGGCGCCCGUAAUAAAUGUUUCUUUACCAAUAGUUUUUCCAGAAGGAUAAAUUUUUUUUGCUAAGGAAUCAUCUUAAUCUUCAGUAAAACAGUAAGAAUUCAAAUACAAAAAAAAAUAAAACCUAGUUUUAUUGCUUAAGGAAGACUGUAAUGAAAUUUUGACAAAUUAUUAAAUAAUAAUAGUAACUACAACAAUAUCAUUACAACAAUGUCCACAAUUUUUAUAAAUAAAUGGAUUAUAUUAAAAUAAAUAAAUUCA